UUCCUGUCGCGUUGCCCCGGGAGUCGGAACGGGAAGUUUCCUUUCCGGAACACUCCGCCCGCGGUUCUCUACCCCCGAAUUCGGCCCCGCCACGUCUUGGGGGCUGCACCCGCCGGUCUCCGCCUCCUGUGCCUGUCUCCGCCGCCUGCCGAGGCUUCCGCCUCCACAGCCUCGCGGAGCCGGAGCCGGGGGCCGGCUGCGUAUCGCGGGGACAGGCGGGGGGCGGGGAGUCGGCGACGCUGCUAGUCCCGCUGACCGAAGCUGCGAAGAUGUCGGAUCUCGGAGACUGGUUUAGGAGCAUCCCGGUCAUCACGCGGUACUGGUUCGCCGGCGCCAUCGUGGUGCCCCUUGUCGGCAAACUCGGCCUCAUCAACGCAAGCUAUUUCUUACUCUGGCCGGACGCCUUCCUCUACCACUUCCAGAUAUGGAGGCCAGUCACUGCCACUUUUUUUUUCCCAGUUGGCCCAGGAACUGGAUUUCUCUAUUUGGUGAAUUUGUAUUUCUUAUAUCAGUAUUCUACACGACUAGAAACAGGGGCUUUUGAUGGAAGGCCAGCAGACUAUAUGUUCAUGCUCCUUUUUAACUGGAUUUGCAUCGUUAUUACUGGUUUAGUAAUGGACAUGCAGUUGCUGAUGAUUCCUUUGAUCAUGUCAGUCCUCUAUGUCUGGGCCCAGCUAAACAGAGACAUGAUUGUAUCAUUUUGGUUUGGAACACGAUUUAAGGCCUGUUACUUACCUUGGGUCAUUCUGGGAUUCAACUACAUCAUUGGAGGAUCGGUUAUCAAUGAGCUGAUAGGAAAUCUUGUUGGACAUCUAUACUAUUUCUUAAUGUUCAAAUAUCCAAUGGAUUUGGGAGGAAGAACUUUUCUAUCUACACCUCAGUUUCUGUACCGCUGGCUUCCCAGUAGGAGAGGAGGCGUAUCAGGAUUUGGCGUUCCUCCUGCUAGCAUGAGACGAGCUGCAGAACAUCAGCUGGGUGGCGGUGGUCGACACAACUGGGGCCAGGGCUUUCGACUAGGAGAUCAGUGAAAACCUGGAUGGUAUUCAGCAAACAGUGAUACUGUUGCAGUUAAGGAUUCUUCCUGGUGUAGGUUGUGCUUAAGACCUGAGUUUUAUCUAAUGCUGGUGGAUCUGGCCUGUGCAGACUGUCAUUUUUCCGGUACAAGACAAAUUGUUAAAAGUCUCGAAGAGAAAUGUUAAAUUUCCCUCCAAAUUACUGAUCACGCUCCACUCUUUACUACUCUGAAGAAAGGAACAUCAACUCUGCAUCUUUCAAAACCAACUGCUGUUUUUGUGUCUUCUCUUCUUCCUCUCCCUUUUCUGAAUGGCAGUACUCUGGUCCAAGUUCAAAUAGCUCUGUAGAUUUUUGUUUCUGUGGCAUUGUAACCAAAAUUUUGUCAGAAGAAUAAGGAAAACACCCCCAUCCCCCACUCCUCUCUCCCACCCUACCAAAAAUGCCAUCACCCUUCAAAAUUUGGAGAAGGUUGUUUACUCAAUGAUGCUGCCUUUAUGGUGAGCUCUCUUACCUUAUGAUGCUGACUCUUGGGAUCUGCUUGGGUACCAGGAACUAUUGUAGAAGGACAAUUUUCCUUGCUUUUGGUGGCAAAAAGGAGGAGAGAGCAUCAGAACUUGAGAAAGAAGACAGGAGAGAAGAUUAGUGGAGAGCAGAAGAUGAGAUAAGGACAGAAGCUAGCUUUGGCCUGACCCUUAGCAUGCUGGGUGUCAGAAAAGGCUGGGCACUGACCCCUCUGUGGGGGCUCCUACAGAGCUGCAGCCGGACCUUAUCUGUGACUGUUUGCCACACUUCUCCAGAGGUUUUUAUGUUUCAUUUGACAUUUUAUGAGUCAUCGAGACACACAGAUUUGUAUUAGGAUUAGCAACCAUGUGUCCAUUGUGGAAUAUGAAUGGGAGAGUGUUGCUUGCCAGAUUCCCCUUUUUAAAAGAAAACAAACAUGUGAAUUGAUCCCAAACUUCAUUAUAUAUUAAAAGUUACAUGUUUUAAAGGUGAAUCCAAGAAGGUCCACAUGGAUUGCAAAAAUGUGUUUUGGGUUAUCAGGUGUAUUUAGAAUUGUUUCUGUCUUUGUCAUUCUUGAGAUGUGAAUGUAUAACUUCUGUGAAUCAAAACCAUAUGGAAGUCUUCUUUUUCCUAAGUGGGUUAUUUUUUCCCCCUCAGAGCAAAGUUUGUCACACAAUAAAGCUUUUGAAGCCUA